AGCCACCACACCACCUAUCCGCUUACUACACUUACACUCUCCCUCCACCUGGACGCAGUUCACAGUUCUUCGACGUUUCGUGCAGGUCUUACAUACGCUUUCGAGGCAGCGUGAUCAUUGCUCGGAGUGGCAUCACCUUUUUUUUGGGUGCCUUCGUGCUUGCUGUCGACGACGGCCGAACCGUCGACGCCUGAGUCACCAUCCGACUCCGACGCCACUCGUCGAUUCUUGGCUCUCGCCGCCAUCAUCUAUCGUCUACCGUGACGCUCGCAACCUCCGGAAUCGAUAGACGACGGCGCUCUUCCGCACGUCUUGCUCUUUGUUUGUUUUCGCUUCUUCUUUUACGCGUUCAUCAGCUCGUAGGGUUGUAGGCUUUAGUAUCGAGUGGUGAAGAAGAAGAAGAAGGACAGAGCCGACGAUGUCGAAAUAUCGUUACCCCGGAUACCCCUCCAAAAUCAAACUCGAGCCCCCGCCAGACGACGACGACGCUGCCUCUACCCCCAAUGCUCUACAUAUCAAAGACGAGGAGAGGGAGGAUGUCGAGAUGGGCGUGCCUACGUCUUCGGAGCUUACAGUAGACGCUUUUGGCGACAUCGUCGCCAAACCCGAACCCGAGGACGAGCCCGGUCCCGCGUUCUCGCCUAAACACGAAGAGAUGCCACCGCCCUCGCCCAAGUACGACCUAUCGCGGUCCUCGCCGCAACCUAAGCACGAAUACGUAGAGAACUCCAAACGCGAAGAAGGAGAGGCCCCGGAAGCCUCAGACCUCUUCAAAGACGAUCCUUUCGAGCCUUCUGCGUCUACGUCCACUUCCAACUCACACUCACACUCACAUGCUCUCAAGCCAGACCCGGACGACGAAGGCGAAGAAGAAAUCGACGAGCCUGAGACUUCGCUCGAACCCUCCCCUGACCCCAAUCCCGACGAUGCCGACAUCAAACCUUCCCCCUCCAAGUCCACCAAGCGCGGAAAAUCAGGAGGCGGAAAAGGUGGCAAGGCAGGGGGAGGAGCAGAGAAGGCGGGACCGCAGCUGAUUGGCCAUCUGCCGAAGGCGGAGGAGGACGCGAUGAAGACGUUUACGGAGAUGACGAGGAGCCAUUAUCAGUAUGCGACUUUGGGGAGGAGUAGGGAGGCGUUGGAGAGUAUGACGUGUGAUUGUACUUAUGAUCCCAGUGCAGGCGACGACCCAGACAUAGCCUGCGGUCACGACUCGGACUGUAUCAACCGUCUUACCCAGGUAGAAUGCAUGCCGGACGAUUGUCGCUGUAAGAGUUACUGUCGGAAUCAACGGUUUCAGAGGCUGCAGUACGCUCCGAUUGAUAUCGUGCAGACGGAGAAGAAGGGGUUCGGGUUGAGGGCGGCGGCUGAUCUGCGAAAGGAUACGUUCAUCUACGAGUAUGUUGGCGAUGUUAUCUCGCACCCGACGUUCGUGAAGCGGAUGAGAGAAUAUGCCGAGGAGGGUAUUCGACAUUUCUACUUCAUGAUGUUGCAGAAAGACGAGUACAUCGACGCGACCAAACGCGGCGGAAUCGGCCGCUUCGCGAACCACUCCUGCAACCCAAACUGCUACGUCGCGAAAUGGACGGUCGGGUCCCGAAUCCGCAUGGGCAUCUUCGCGAACCGGUUCAUCCGCGCGAACGAGGAGCUCACGUUCAACUACAACGUCGACCGGUACGGACACGACGCCCAGCCGUGCUACUGCGGCGAGCCGAAGUGCGUGGGCUUCAUCGGAGGGAAGACGCAGACGGACCUGGCGGCGAUGGACGAUUUGUAUUUGGAUGCGUUGGGGAUUUCGGACGAGGUGGAUAGGUUGGGGUUGAAGGGGAGUAAGAAGAAGAAGGGAAAGAAGUUGGACGAGGAUUUCGUGCCUUUGAUGACGCCACUGCUCGAGCGAGAGGUCCCGAAGGUCGUUCAGGCCAUGCGACAGACUCAGAGCCGCAAAGUCAUGUUCAAACUGCUCACGCGUAUCAAGAUCACCGACGACCAGUUUGCUCUGCGUCAAGUCAUGCGUCUGCGUGGUUUCAGUCUCAUGACGAAUCUGCUGGAAGACUACGCUAAAGACGACGAGAUACGGUUGUUGGCGCUCGAGUGCAUGGCGACAUGGCCCCUCAUAUCACGGAAUAAGAUCCAAGACUCGAAGGUCGACGAGUCCGUGAAGGCGUGCGUCGGAUCUACGGACGUCGACUUGCACGCGAAGGCGGAGGAGCUCCUGGCGCAGUGGGCUCGGCUCGAAGUAUCAUACCGUAUACCGAAAACAAAACGAGCCUUGAAGACGCCUUCCCCCGAGCCUUCCCCCGAGCCCGAGCUCGGACCCGAGCUCGGACCCGGACCCAAACGCCGCCCAUGGUACCUAAGGCCAGGUGGUCAAAGGCCGCCCGAUAAGCAUACCUUGUAUGAAGACAUUAUCUACGACCAUAACCCGCCCAAGCGCUGGAAAGCAGACGACGACGAACCAUACUUCCUGCUCAAACCCGUCGGGUGGAAUGCCUCGUCUGAAGUCCCGGAAACGCCCAAGCCCAAACCUGAGCCUUGGAAGUGGGAGCCCCCGAAGAAGACUUGGGAAGACUUGAAGAAAGACAGGGAUGCGAUUAUCGCGGCGGCGGCGGCGCAGCAGGAGGCGGAGAGGGCGAAGUUGUUGAAGGAGGCGAAGGAGAGGGAGGCGAAGGAGAAGCGCAAGGGGAGGGUGUUGACGACUGAGGAGAGGGAGGAGCGGGAUAGGAAGAGGAAGGAGAGGAAGGAGAAGGAGAGGGCCGAGAAGGAGAAGAAGAAGAGGGAGGACAAGGAGACGAAUAGGGAGAAGAGGCUGUUGAAGCUUGUUGGCGCGGUUGUGGUCAAGAGCAUGUCGAAGUACAGAGCCCAGAUGGAUGUGGAGACGUUCAAGAAGCAUGCUAAGGAGCUCACGCACAUCAUCGCUGAGAAGGAGAAGAAAUCCACAAGCUAUCGGGAGAACAAGCUCGACAGCCUGUCGGAAGAGAAAGCGGUCAAGAUCAAGAAAUAUGCCAGGGAUUACAUCGCCAAAGUACUGCACAAGCUUGAGACUGCCGGUAAGCUUCGCAAGCGACCACCAGAGUCCUCCCUCUCUGCCUCCACGUCUACCCCUACUCUCGGCGGCUCUCCAUCGGUGGACUCAUUGCGGAGAGGGGAUGCGGACGGAGAUGGUGAUGGGCCGAUGAUGUCUGUGGAGGAGGCUAUGGGGAUGAGUGAGGAUGAGAAGGAAGAUGACGAGAAGGAUGAGGAUGCAGACAAGGAUGAUGACGAGGAUGAUGACGAGGACGUAGACAUGGAGGAGGCCCCGUCGAUGUUAGAUGAGAGGACACCGGUCGAGCCUGCAGAGUCGGACACUUCGACUGCUGUGGCCACAGAUUCCAGGAGGCAGGGAAGGGACUCAAACGAGCCGCUGUUGGAUUCAAGUCCGAGGGAUGGUGAUGUGUUGAUCAAGAUGGCGGCGAAUGGGGUUGGUAAGCCUUCGCCGUUGAUAGUAGAGAUCGAGGAUGAUCAGAUGAAGGUGGAUGUGGCGCCCCGCAGUGGAGACGCCUCAUAGCGUGACGGGAGGUGCGGUUGGCUCUGUGCUCUAUUGGCUUGCAUGUCCAAUUGGCGGUUGGCACUUUUUUCUGCCUGUGCCGUUGUUCAGUUAUUUGUGUUGUUUAUUUCAUCC